AUGGCACAUGUUUCUUCAGAUAUUUAAAGCAUUUCUUCUACAGACAAAUCAACUGGUUCAACAACCUCCAUUGGAUCUCUGUUGUGCGAUCACGCAUUGACAGGGGCCUCAGACUUGAGAUCUGAAAUCAAAGAAAAUGCUUUUCAGGCUUUGUCUGCACAGUCCUCGAUAAGAAGAGCACAUCAUACAUUUUGUAUCCCUGAACCAGAUGAAGAUAAUGAUUUUCGAUCUAUGACCUUUCCCAGAAAACUCUGGAAAAUAGUUGAAAGUGGUCAAUUUAUGUCUAUUUGGUGGGAUGAGAUUGGAACUUCUAUAGUGAUUAAUGAAGAACUCUUUAAGAAAGAAGUUCUGGAAAGAAAGGCCCCUUUCAGAGUAUUUGAAACUACAAGUAUGAAAAGUUUCGUUCGACAGCUUAACCUUUAUGGAUUUAGUAAAGUGCAACAGGCUUUUCAAAGAUUUGCUUUCUUGGCUUCUUUUCUUCUUGCCAUAUUGAUACAAUGUUCUUGGCUUUCUCAUGCUCUAUACCUGCAAUUGGCGGGUAGGACCUUGGGAUCGCAGCACGGAUUGGCUGUUGGCGAUGACGUGACUAUACAAUUGGGUACAUCGCUUCAGACUGCUGAGAGAGACAAGGACGCUGGAGCUUGGCCACCGCGCCUGUCCGGCGUCCACUUACAUCAUCCACAGAUGAGCGGGGAGAUUGACAGGAAAAUGACCGUGUGGGGUGCUUUGCCAUGA